AUGAAAGGAGGAACACUUGAAGUACUUCUCGUUAAUGCCGAAGGCAUUAGGCACACAAAUCUUGUUGGGAGACCGGACUAUUUUGUCUUCAUAGAGUGUGGAGAUCAUGUUUAUAGAAGCAAAAUAUCAUCAGGUGAAGAUGAAAAGACUUGGUGGAAUGAGAAGUUCAUAUAUGAAUUCCCAUUAUCUGAUUGGAAAAGGUUUACACAUAUAAAAUUCAGAAUUAUGGACAAGGAACUCUUCUCGGAUGGCGGAUUUGUUGGUGAAACUAUAAUUUAUCUAGGUGGAAUAAUUACAGAGGGAUGUGACAGAGGGUUCCUAGAAGUAAAACCAGCCCCAUACAAUGUGGUGCUUGAAGAUGACACUUACAAAGGACAGAUAAAGAUAGGAUUCAAAUUUAUUGCAAGUGUAAGACUCAUUAGAAAUAAUAAAGAUAUCGCUCAUGUUCCAAAGACAACAACAAGACAGUACACUCAAGAGGAAAAUAAAGUGGAGGAAUGUAGUAGAAUUGUGAACUUAUGGAGAAUGUUAUGGUGGUGGUCCAUGUUUUCCCAGAAGAGAAUUGACACAGAAAAUAAGCAAAACUACAAUUAA